AUGGGCGUAGGGGCCAUCCUAGAACCUCUGACGGUCAUCGUCCUACUCUUCGGAGGCACUUGGAUCAACCGAAGUACAGGAACGUUCCCUCCCCGAAGACCUCGUCGCAUUUCCAACGUCGUGUCGCGCGGUUCCUCCCCCGGUGCAAUCGAGUCUGGUGUUUCCACUCCAACUGCCAAGGAUACCUUACUGAAUCGCCGGUCUUUAUCUUCUUCGUCGCUUCAGCAAAUCGGCCAAACCGGUUGGCGCAAGAGACAGAUUGGGGUUUUCACAUCGACAUUCGAAGUCACGUCCCCGGACACCACUGUUUUCCACGAUCGGUUACUCAGUCGCUUGCUCCGCAAGUUCCCCUUCCUUGUUGAGUGCUGGUACUGGGCGCUUGUGUACUGGACAUAUCAAUUAGGUCGCGCAUUCACCGCUGUCACUCUCAAAGAUGAUACGGUCGAUGUGGCACGCAAACAUGCGCUGCGAUUGAUACAGAUCGAGGAGGCGCUGGGAAUUUUCUGGGAGGUCCCAAUCCAGAAAUUCUUUCUCCGCCAUCCCACUCUCAUGACCUGGACCAAUUGGAUCUAUUCGUUCAUUCAUAUCCCUGGAACCAUCGCCUUUCUUGUCUGGCUCUACUAUUUUACCAUCACGAAGAACCGAUUCGACGAGGCGCAACCGGGAAAACCGCGCGGGCUUGCAAGCGGUUCGCCUGCCGGGUCCCAUCUGUACCAAGCUCGGCGUCGAACUCUUGCCGUGUGCAAUCUGCUUGCCUUUGUGGUUUUCACAUUGUGGCCCUGUAUGCCACCACGUCUGCUGAGUGAUAAGGAUGCAAAGGGCCCCGAUGCAGCCUUGGGUCGCAGCUACGGGUUUGUCGAUACCGUGCACGGAGUCAACGGUGCGGGCAGCGUCUGGACCGAAAAUCGCUUCUGCAACCAGUAUGCUGCCAUGCCAUCUUUGCACUUUGGCUACUCUCUCAUGAUUGGCCUCACCAUCAUGACCAUCCCGCUGCCGCCACAUCACCGACGCCGUACUCGCCUGGCCAUUGGCCCUUUGAAGCUGCAGCUUCCAUCCUGGCGACGGUUGGGCUGUCUCGCCCUGGGGUUUGCUUAUCCUUUUGCGAUCCUCGUUGCUAUCGUCGCCACCGCAAACCACUUCAUUUUGGACGCCAUUGCCGGUGCAACGGUAUGUGCUCUGGGAUGGAGAUUCAACGGAAUCCUUUUGAACCUGCUACCCUUGGAAGAUUAUUUCCUCUGGGUGGUUCGGAUCCAUAAGCCAGCCUCAAACAACACGGACGGUCUUGAAGAAGUAGCUGGCUGGGUUGAUGAUGGCGUUCCUGAACAUACCUCUCUCCCUUAA